GUGAAAUGGAGGAGGCGUAAGUGGAACUUUCUGUGCUGCGAAUAAAGUCUGAGCGGCAUCAUUGUCGUGGCCUUCAGAGCUCGGGUCUGUGUUUAAGGUUAGCUGGCUAAAGGGGCUAACAGUUAGCUGGAGCCGGCCGGCUGAUGCCUCUCUGUGCAUCCGAAGCAUGUUGAUGUGUUCGUGUGAGAAAGUGGAUUUUAACAUCACGUCCCGCACCGUGGCCCGGCUGGUUUUCGAGGCCGAACAGGAUAACAGAAACGGAGGAAACUCGUCCAAUGGGAGGUGGCUCCUUCCAGACAGUGCUAUGUUUUUCUCUGAGGCUCCUUAUCUCAGGAAAGUCUGCCUAAACUCAAAAGAGUGAGACUUCUAAGCUGAACACAGAAGUGGGAGGAUCGCAGAGCGUUUUAGCCUCUCGUUGCCAGCAUAUAUGUACAGACUGGACAGCGGGAAGUGGAUUGGUUGAAGAACUGAAACUGAGACUGCCAACAAGUUUUCUGCUGCGUAUUUUUUCUCUGCAAGAAACCCUCAAACCUGUUCACUUGAGAGCUGUUUUGCCUUUUUUACCACUUCAGGAGAAGUUGACCAGCACCUUCAGAAGAAAAUCUGUUAAAUUCACAGGAAACAUGGUGCGUAAUCAAUAAGUUGCUGUCUGUGGCCGACACGUGGUCGGUUUUAAAUGCUCGUCCUUCUUGAUGGCCUUGACUGAAAAGCUCAAAAGAUGACGAUGUCCCCUCCUGCAAGACCAGAGGGCAUGACUCUGGCUCAGCCCAUCCCCGUCCCAAUGCUGACCGUCCUCCCGCCGUCCUCGGACACAGAGUCCUGGUCUUGUUCGCCUAGUCCCAGACCCCUGCGCUCCGACCGACCCCGUGGCUCCCACCGUAGUAGGACAAGAACCAAAAGGCGGAAACAGGAAGAGCAAGGCUGUGCUUAUAAGCCGCAAUGGGGCAAAACUCCACAAAUCGUGAUACAGUCGUCCACAGAGAGGGGAGCUGUUCAACAUCGGAGUCCCUCGCCCUCUUUGGUUACUGAGAUGGGGACAGCGAAGCAAGGUCAGGACAGUCCGUCACAUGACCUCCUCAUACCGCCGUCUCGCUCCUGGUCUCGUAGUCCGUCACCCAGCCGCCGCUCUCGUUGGUCCCUCAGGAGCCUGCUCGGCAGGGACUCUGACGGAGACCGCUGCAGGUUAGUGUGCUGGAUUCAGUCAGUGAUUUAUUUGUUUUUAUCUACAGUUUAUCUGCUCCUCAUGGCACAGGCCAAGCUCAAGCUUUUCUUUUUACCUUCAGUGAUUCAAGUGAAGGUUCUUUCUUAUCUCGCAGCACAUAAAGUUCAGGAGGUCAGAACAGAGCGUCCGCACCGUGUUCAGCAGCCUCCUGGGUAUUCUGUGCUUACCGCUGUGUAAAAACAUCAGCCGAUUUGCAUUCAGGCCCGCUGAGACGGCGGUGACUCACACGAGCUGUGCAGCCUCUCAUCUGUGCACAUUUGGUGAGAGAUAAAAAGCACAUGACGCUCUCAGUCAUAUUUUUCUCUCUGAAACUACACGAGAGCAGCUAUUUUGGAUUAGGGUGAAGGUAAUUACCUAAAGCUAGUGAGGACAGGAUGAAAAGUUUUUCUUUCUUUUUUUAUUUGUAUGACAUAUAGCCAAAGUUUGUACAGUUAAGGAGGAGGAAAAAGAGAAGAACUGAGCUGUAUAUCCAGGGUUUUUCCUUUAUAUGUAAAAAUAGGUGUGGGCCUUCUCGUAAAGCUUAUUUGGGUGGCUGUAGCUCAGGUGGCAGAGCAGGUCAGCCACUA